AUGCUGGUAAGGGGCAUCCUGCUGGCAGUGCAAGCCCUGCAGCUUGCCCGUGCCGUGGACCUGCCAGCCGGGUCCUGCGCCUUCGAAGAGAACACCUGUAGCUUUGACUCGGUGUUGGCGUUCCGGCCGUGGAUUUUAAAUGAGGAAGGCCAUUACAUUUACGUGGACACCUCCUUCGCCAAGCAGGGGGAUAGAGCCCUGCUGCUAAGUUCUGACUUGCAGGCCGAGGAAUGGAGCUGCCUCCGCUUGGUCUACCAGAUAGCCGCGUCUUCAGGGUCUCCCUCAGAUCCCAGCCAGCUGAACCUCUACCUGAGAUUUGAAGAUGAAAGUUUUGAUCGCUUACUUUGGUCAGCUAAUGAACCUUCGGAUAGCUGGCUUAUAGCCAGCCUGGACUUGCAAAACACUCCCAAGAAAUUCAAGAUCUUAAUAGAAGGUGUGCUGGGCCUGGGAAGCAUUGCACUCUUUGAAAUCAAGAUGACAACUGGCUACUGUAUUGAAUGUGAUUUUGAAGAAAAUCAUCUCUGUGGCUUUGUGAACCGCUGGAACCCCAAUGUGAACUGGUUUGUUGGAGGAGGCACUAGUCGGAAUUCCCACUCCGUUCUUCCCCAGGAUCACACGUUCAAGAAUGAACUGGGCCAUUACAUGUACGUGGACUCGGUUUACAUCAAGCACUUCCAGGAGGUGGCACAGCUCAUCUCCCCCAUGACCACAGCCCCCAUGUCUGGCUGCCUGUCGUUUUAUUACCAACUCCAGCAGGGGAAUGACAAUGUCUUCUCCCUGUAUUCUCGGGAUGUGACGGGUGUUUAUGAGGAGAUCUGGAAAACCAACAGCCCGGGGAAUCCUGCCUGGAACCUCGCGGAAGUGGAGUUCAGUGCCCCGUACCCCAUGGAGCUUAUUUUUGAAGUUGCUUUUAAUGGUCCCAAAGGAGGAUACGUUGCCCUGGACGAUAUUUCCUUCUCUCCCGUGCACUGCCAAAAUCAGACAGAGCUUCCUUUCAGUGCCAUAGAUGCCAGCUGCAAUUUCGAGGAAGAUCUCUGCAACUUUUACCAAGACAAAGAAGGUCCGGGCUGGGCCCGGGUGAAAGUGAAACCAAACAUGUACCGGGCUGGCGACCACACGUCAGGCCUAGGGUAUUACUUGCUGGCCAACACCAAGUUUACAUCGCAGCCUGGCUACAUUGGAAGGCUCUACGGUCCUACCCUGCCGGGAAACCUGCAGUAUUGUCUGCGUUUUUAUUACGCCAUCUAUGGAUUCUUAAAAAUGAGAGACACUCUAGCUGUAUAUAUCUUUGAAGAGAACCACGUGGUUCAAGAGAAGAUCUGGUCUGUGCUGGAGACUCCGAGAGGCGUUUGGAUGGAAGCGGAGAUCGCCUUUAAGAAGCCCAUGCCUACCAAGGUGGUUUUCAUGAGCUUAUGCAAAAGUUUUUGGGACUGUGGACUUGUAGCCCUGGAUGACAUUACAAUAGAAUUGGGAAGCUGCCGGUCUCCAGAGAAGCUUCCCCCUGCGCCUGGAGAAUGUACCUUCGAACAAGAUGAAUGUGCAUUUACUCAGGAGAGGAGGAACCGGAGCAGCUGGCACCGGAGGAGGGGAGAAACGCCCACCUCCUACACGGGACCAAAGGGAGACCACACUACUGGGGUAGGCUACUACAUGUACAUCGAGGCCUCCCAUAUGGUGUAUGGACAAAAGGCACACCUCUCAUCCGGGCCUCUGCGAGGAGUCACUGGGAAACACUGCUUGGCCUUUUUCUACCACAUGUAUGGAGCGGGGACCGGCCUGCUCAGUGUUUAUUUGAAAAAAGGUGACAGUGAAGAGUCCCUCUUAUGGAGAAGAAGAGGCGAACAGAGCAUUUCCUGGCUCCGAGCGCUGAUUGAAUACAGCUGUGAGAGACAGCACCAGAUAAUUUUUGAGGCCAUUCGGGGAAUGUCAAUAAGAAGUGAUAUCGCCAUUGAUGAUGUUAAAUUUCAAGCAGGACCCUGUGCAGAAAUGGAAGAUAUAACUCAGCAGUCAUCAGGAUAUUCUGAAGAUUUAAAUGAAAUUGAUUAUUAA